AUGUUUUAUCCAGCAAGGCUAAAUGCGAUCUACACUGUUCUUUUCAGAUGGGAUCCAGACAUCUUAGUCGGGUACGAAAUUCAAAUGUUGUCUUGGGGGUAUUUGUUGCAGCGGAGUAAAAGUCUUCAAAUCGAUUUAGCGACUUUAUUAUCUAGAGUUCCAUCUGUAAAUAAUAAAUUUCAACUGGAGUUGGAAAAUGAUUUCCAGGCUAACUAUAAGACUGAUGUAUUCAUUGUUGGUAGAGUAAUAGUCAAUAUUUGGCGUAUUAUGCGUUAUGAGGUAGUCGCGUUAAGAAGCUAUACUUUUGAAAGUGUAAUAGACCAUGUUUUACAUCGCCGACAUGCAUUACAUACUUUUCGCUCUUUGACGGAUUGGUUUCAUGAUGAUAGAAAUCGGUGGCGCACCAUAGAAUAUUACAUUAUUCGAUGUCGUGGUAAUUGGCGACUACUCGAAACCUUCGAUAUGAUUGAUAGAAGCAGUGAAUUCGCUCGGCUCUAUGGUAUUCAAUUUUACUCUGUCCUUUCAAGAGGGAGUCAGUUUCGUAUUGAGUCGAUGCUUCUUCGACUGGCGAAACCGAUGAAUUAUAUUCCGGUGUCGGUUAGCGAGAAGCAGCGAACUUGGAUGAAGGCCCCUGAAGUGAUUCCAUUAGUUAUGGAACCAGAAUCACGAUUUUAUUCGAAUCCUGUGUUGGUUCUAGAUUUUCAAUCUUUAUAUCCAUCUGUGAUGAUAGCAUACAAUUACUGUUAUACCACUUGUCUUGGCCGCAUUUCUGGAAUUGCAACGGAUAAAGAAUUUAAAUUUGGCUGCACAUCACACCAAGUUCCGUUGUCUUUGCUAAAGAAGCUACGAAAUGAUAUAAGCAUUGCACCAUGUGGAGCAGUCUAUGUAAAAGACCAUAUUCGAAAAGGCGUAAUACCGAGAAUGUUGAAAGAAAUAUUAGACACACGUAUCAUGAUAAAGCGAGCUAUGAAGGAUUGCAAAGAUAAUAAGUCACUUCAUCGCCUCCUCGAUAUACGACAGUUUGGUUUAAAAAUGAUAGCUAACGUAACAUAUGGGUAUGCAGGGGCAACGUUCAGUGGUCGAAUGCCGUUAAUCGAGUUAGCUGACAGUAUCGUCAGCAAAGCACGCGAAACUCUAGAACGUGCUAUUAAGAUUGUCAAUACGACCAGUAAGUGGAAUGCCAGAGUUGUAUAUGGUGAUACAGACAGUAUGUUCGUACUGCUGGAGGGUGCAACCAAAGCUAGAGCUUUUGAAAUUGGUCGAGAAAUUGCUGAGACUAUCACAUCUAUGAAUCCCAAGCCAGUAGCUUUAAAGUUCGAAAAGGUAUUUUUACCCUCACUAUUAAUAACGAAAAAGCGGUAUGUCGGCUACGCAUAUGAAUCUGCCGACCAGAAAGAGCCUACUUUUGAUGCUAAAGGUAUCGAAACUGUUCGAAGAGAUGGUUGUCCUGCAGUGUCAAAGAUCAUGGAAAAAGCAAUUAGGAUACUAUUCUCUAGACGUGAUAUGUCACUUGUCAAGAAAUAUGUAUUGCAUAAGUGUCGAAUGCUUAUAGAAGGCAAGGUCGCAAUUAAUGACUAUGUUAUCGCUAAAGAAUAUCGUGGCAAGAGCACCUACAAGCCGGGUGCUUGUGUGCCGGCUUUAGAAAUCACCAAGCAGUUGCUGGCUCAUGAUAGACGAUCAGAGCCUCGUAUUGGAGAGCGCGUGCCAUACGUCAUCGUCUACGGUGUACCUGGAGUGCCAUUAAUUCGUCUCGUUAGAAGACCACGUGAACUUUUAAAUGACCCAAAUUUACGCCUUAAUGCCACUUAUUACAUCACCAAACAAAUACUGCCAGCUUUAGACAGAUUACUGUCUCUAAUUGGCAUUGAUGUUGAAAGCUGGCAUGCUGAACUACCCAGAUCCAUUCGAUCAGACGUAAUUAACCAGAGUCAGUUUCAGGUGGCAAAGCAAGGGGUAAUUUCACAAUAUUUUAGCAGCUUGCACUGCCUAGUUUGCGAGGAAAUGACUGUUGAUGGUGUUUGCCCUUCGUGUAUCCGAGAUUCUCAAAAAGCAAUCAUGAUUGCCCAGCAACGGAUAUCAGAUUUUGAGAGAAAAAAUCGUCAUCUUAAAGAGAUAUGCUGCAAUUGUAUUGGUCAACGUGUGAUUAAUGCUGAAUGUAUCUCUCUGGACUGUCCAAUUCUGUUUGAAACUAAGCGAAACCAACGAGAUGUUGAUUGCAUUCCGCGUUUGCGUGAAUUUAUAUCGAAAAUAUCCACGAUUGCUUGUAGUUCUAUCGCUGAAGCACAAAUUACAGGGUAA